UCGUUUAUACAAUCAGAACUAUACACGAUAUUAAUCCUAUCCCAUUUAUUUGUCCAUCAAAUUAUCCAUAUGCAUUUUGGAUAAUCGAAACAGCGUGUAAAAUUCGAGCUGCAAAUUCUAUUUGUAUGUGGAUGUAUUUAACUUUAAUGUUAAUAAUUAUUUGCAUUGGUGAUAGAUUUUUUAAUAACAAUAAUAGUACAAAAAAGGAUAUCGGUUAUCCAGAAUUUAUGAGUUCGUCUAGUAUAAUAGAAAAUAAUGUCUAA